GCGACUGAGCCAUGCCUCCUUGUCUGCUAUGAUGCGCUUGGAGAAAUCGUUUUGCACCUGCAAUGCGUACGAUGGCUCGCGCAAGCGAGCGUUUCGCACGUUCUCGUCUAUGCCGAGCAGGCUCGGGGGUAUGACGGACAGCCGUGGCGGCGGCUAUCGCGUGGGGCCGUCUCGGGGCGGGGUCCUCGCAGAUGCCUGGCACCUGCACCCAAAGGUCCCUGAGCCCGGACGGCAGCCUGUACAGGGGGGGCACGGAGGAGGAGGAUGAGGAGGAGGAUCAGAAGGAACCGAAGGACGAGGACAGGAGGAGGAGGAGGAGGAGAAGGAGGAGGAUGAGAACUGGUCUGCGCUCGGAGUGGGCGCCCGAAGUCUGCGCUCGUGGCAGGAGGCCCUGGCCGCCCUCGCGCGGCCGGCCCGGCCGUGCGCCGCAGCCAACGCCGCUCGGGGCACUCCGAGCCCAGCCGCCGCCGACGCUCUUCGGCUCCGGUGCGCGGCGUCGGCGCUCGUGCUGCGUCGCCCCGGGGAGGGGGCGCGCCCGCCCUGGGCCUUGCGAGGGCAGGGCGCCCCCCGGGGCUGCCCAAUUCGAAGGCUUGGGACGGCACGCUCCGGCUGCGGGCAGGGCGUAGAGGCCUCCUAGGAGGCCUAGCAGGAGGGGCCCUGGGCAAGCGGGACCCGGGAUCACCCCGCCGAUGGGCCCCUCGCGCGCGUGUGGCCGACUUCUGCCACGGCCGCGCCUCCUUCUUAAGGAGCUCACCGCUGGGCCGCACGCCCGAGCGCCGCGGCGAGAGCGGCCAGCUGCGCCGCCCGGAGCGCCGCGCGCGGGGCCGCGGGGCUCGUGGUGUCGUCCGGCGCGGUGGUGUCCGACAGGCGGCGCUCGUCGGCCGCGGUGGUGGACUCGUCCACCGCCGCCCCGGCCGCGCCGCCCGCGAAGAGGAGCGCGAGCAGCGAGAGCAGCAGAGCGCCGAGGCCGCCGCCGCGUGCCGCGGCGCUCGUGGUGUCGUCGGCCAUGGUGGUGUCCGUGAGCGGCGCUCGUCGGGCAUGGUCGUGGUCUGCUGGUCGGCGACGCAGCCUUGGCCGGCGAGCAGGAGGGCGACAACGGCGAUGAACGCGCGAGCCAUCGCUGCAGAAGGCGGAGCAGGAUGCUGGUUGAGGGUGCGCAGAGGAAGCCUGGUGUGCCAGAAGCCUCGAAAGCGAAAUGGCCAUGGACGGAGAGCGCUCACCAAGAGAGGGUACGGACGGCCAAACUCAGCCGUACCAGGACGAUUCGAAUUGCGGUCCAGACUAUCAUUCAUCACCCAGGCUAGCACUACCAAAGCAACAUGGUCCCAACUGUUGCCGAUCUCGACCUGUAGCGAGCCAAACAUUGAAGGAGGUCUGACAUCCAAGCAGAAGUUGCGAAAUAGUUGAAGCUUAUCCCCAAUCCUCAACGAUCGUACGAUAGCAAAGUUUCAGGGCUGCAGCGCGCCAUUGGUGAAUACAGAAGGCCAGAACAGUGCGAAUGAACCAUGCACUUGUCUUACAUCAUGGUGAUUCCCGACUGUGACGCGUUCGGGAGGAUGAGGUGGUGAGGGCACACUGAAGCUUUUUCCGUCAGAACGCAAAACGCACGAAAGAAAACGGAAUGCCAAUAGACUGUCGAGAGUCUUCACGUGGAAACAAAACCACCUUCAGCAUCAAGGCGCCGCCACUCAUCGCAACUGCCCCGAAAUAGUGCCCAGGGAUAAGCAACCCGAGCCGACUCCUCUCUGGCAGCGGCUCCGUGGGAACAGCAGCCCGCCUUCCUUCCGACAAGUGAACCCUGCACAAAACCUUCG